AAUUCUUUCCUCUCUGCUUCGGUUUAUUGACCAUAAAGACUUAUUCCCCACUUUUCUAUGCUCUCUUGCUUUGCUUCUUCAACUAAUGAAUGCAUUCACCUCUCCUGCUUUCCCAGUAAUCAUCUAACAUUCUCAUCUCUCUCUCCGUGUAGUCUGCUACUCCAAUUCCAAAAGCAUUACAUCUCCCUAGUAAUAAAAGGAAGAGUUCCCCUUGGCUCUCUGCAAUCUGGAAUGCCCUGUGAAGAAGGAGCAGAAGAGGUUCAAUGGGUCAAAUUCUCUCCUUCAUUCGGAACCGUUUAUUGGGCCCAAUUCUCUCCAUCAAAAAAUGUUGGUUUCGUCCAGAAGAGGAAAGAGACGACUCAGAUGAGCACUGCAGCCUUUUCAUUUCUACACCAGAGUUGUUUGAUCCUUUAAAUGACACACUAAACUCUACCUUUAAAUGUCAUAAAAAUGUGACUAGUACAUGCAUUGAUAUUGUGGAAGAUCCGAACAGGCAGGGUUCUGCUUCUGCAUAUGUCUUGGGUGCGGACAGUUGGGAAGAAACAGAAAAUGGAGUCCCAGAAAGAUGGGUUAGGCAUUAUUGCAGUUCUCACAUGAUGUUGUUGGUGGGUGAAGGGGAUUUCUCAUUCUCUGCUUGUCUGGCUAUAGCGUUUGGUUCCGCAAGAAACAUGGUGGCUACUUCUCUUGACUCUAGAGGAUUUUUGUUCAGAAACUAUAAGAAGGCAAUGUCCAAUAUCCAUGAAUUGAGAAUCAGAGGAUGCACAGUUCUGCAUGGUGUGGAUGCAACUGAAAUGGCAAACCAUUAUGCCCUUAGGUGUAUUAAAUUUGAUAGGGUCAUUUACAACUUUCCACAUGCUGGAUUUUGCACUGACGAACCUGGUGAAUCUCAGAAACGCCGCCAUCAGUUACUGAUAAGGUUGUUCUUUGAGAAUGCAAAGGAGAUGAUAGAUGAACAUGGCCAAAUCCAUGUGACACACAAAUCCAAUGGUUUCUUUCUUGGUUGGAAUUUACGAGGUCUAGCCUCCGCUGCUGGUCUCAGGCCUAUACAAGAGGUGCCAUUCAAUUUCACUGACUAUCCAGGCUAUCGCACCAAAUAUGGCUUUGGUGGUGACAGGAAUUUCAACAGCCAUCCUAGCAAAACUUACAUAUUUGGCCUAUUACCAGCUGCAUCACCAUGAAAGCCGUGGCAUAUAUAUAUUUAUAGAGGAAAAGAAGAGAUUGGGUCAUCUUCUUUUUUGGUUUUUGAUGAAUUGGAUAUAAGCUACAAUUACACAAAGUUGAUACUGAUAGGCUUCUUUGGGACCCUGGCUGCCUUCACUUCCAAGGCCAAGACUUACAUCUGGACCUUGAAAUAUUUCUGAAGAUAGGAUUUAAAGGAUAUUGGGCGGAGUUCAUGCUUUGUUGUUUUACAUUGAAGACGCCUACAUUUGCUGCCUGUAAAGGAUUUAAUGUUAGAAUUGUGGUAAAAGUAACAUGUAAAAAGUUGGAAUUUCUUCUAUAAAUUUGGUAUGAGGAUUGGUUUAUA